AUGUUGGAUCGCUACGCUUAUCGACGUGAAUUACAAUACGAGCAUACUUAUUGCGUAACACCUGAAAAUCUUCAAGGAAUACCUAUAUACAGACUUGAUCACGUUGCUGAUUGUACAAUUUUAUUUGGUGCUCGUUAUGGUUUAUCACAACUUUUCGAAAUUACAAUUCUAUUUUUGUUUCUUAUCAUUUUUGCUUUAUCAACUGCUAUGCUAGUUUUACUUGCAUAUAAUCGAUUAAAACAACGACAAAAGAAGAAAUAUGCAGAUGUAACACAAUCACAAUCAAGGAUAGCAUUGACAUUAUCACAACAUCUUAGCAAUUCGCCAACAUCAUUAACCGAACCAUUGACAUCAUCACCGGAAUCACCGAUUUCCGGAAUUUCAACAAAGAUGCCACCACCACCACCACUCAUUCUAGCAAGUAUUUAA